UAGUUUCGCGACAACAGUCGCUUAUUGCAUCUUGGCUCGGACGAUGAAGUGUUGCUGCAGUAGCGUGACAUGCAUGACAUAACCGAUGUGCCGCUAGAUCUACAAUUCUUCACCAAAACAACAACAUACAGUGACUUUAUUUCAUAACUUUAAAAAACAUGGAGAAGAUGCCAAUGAAGCUCGAAGAGGCGGCUCCUAUGCUGAAUGGGGACACAGCAGUCGUUAAGCAGAAAGUUUUAACACCUCAAACUCCUACAAACAAAAAUGGCUUCGUCUCGGUAGACGACCUUCAACCAGGAAGUAAAAGGACGCUACAAGGGUUACUCCCACAGCUGUUGGUAUCGGGGGCAGCGUUCUUGCUCGCGGCGGGGGCAGGCAUGCCCAUCGGGUACUCGGCUGUUCUGCUUCCCCAACUGCAGGUUGUCAACAGUACGCUGCCCACAGACGACGAAAUCGGAUCCUGGAUCACGAGUGUGCACUCGGCCGCAACGCCCGUAGGGAGCUUUGUGAGUGGCCUCAUGAUGGACAAAUGGGGCCGCCGACGUGUAUUGCAGUUGUGCGUCGUACCCCUUACACUGGGAUGGGUCAUGAUAGCAGUCGCCCAGAGCCAUGUCGUUAUCCUGACAGGCAGGAUAAUGGCCGGAUUGGCGGUGGGACUCUCCGCUGCGCCAGGGCAGGUAUUCCUGGGAGAAGUGGCGGAGCCCGGCAUGCGAGGCCUACUCUCCAGCAUCCCCUACGUCAGCUACUCGAUGGGGAUCCUCAUAGUGUAUGCACUGGGUGCAACACUGCACUGGCAAACGGUGGCGUGGGUUGCCAUAAUACUGCCACUCCUGUCACUCCUGUCGUUCACAGUAUUGCCAGAGAGCCCUGUGUGGCUCGUCAGACAUAACCGUGUGGAAGACGCGGGUAAAGCUCUCAACUGGCUUCGUGGAACAUACGGCGGUGGCAAAAAGGCGAAGCUGGAACUGCAGCAACUUGUGAGCAGAGUACAUAGCGAGAAGGAGUCCUCGAGUGGAAACAUCUCCAGCUGGCGAAUGUUUUUCAAACCACAAGUACUGAAGCCGGUUGCCAUCGUCAAUGUGUUCCACCUCGUUCAGAUCGUCUCCGGCACAUACCUUGUCAUAUUCUACGCAGUUAACCUCAUCUCCGAGACAGAAAAUGAAGCUGGAGGCAUUGACAAGUUCCUAGUGGCCGUCCUCACUGCAGUUUUCCGCCUUAUCUUCAUCACCAUCGCCUGUUUCCUUCUUCUUUGGGUUGGCCGACGUCCUCUGGCAUUAUUCUCUGGCGUCGGAUCAUCAGUUGCCGCGUUAGGGGUUGGCACAUUUCUGUAUUACCGUCAACCUUCUUCUGAAUCCUUGAACACUUGGAUCGUGGCCGGUUUCAUCCUCACCUACGUAGCCACAAAUACCGUCGGAUUUUUCGUCUUACCAGGAAUUGCCAUUGGAGAAUUACUUCCGGUGAAAAUAAGAGGAGCUUUUGGUGGUUACAUCUUCGCUAUUUUCAACGUUUUAUUGUUUUUUAUGGCUAAAGUGUUUCCGGCCAUGUUGCACACAAUGGGAUCGCAUGGUGUUUUCUGGAUGUUCGGCAUGUCCUCACUACUAGGAACAUUAUUCGUGUACCUCUUCUUCCCUGAGACUAAAGGAAAAUCACUCGAAGAAAUUGAAGACUAUUUCGCAGAGAAGAAUGUGAUGUGGUUAACAAGAAAGAAACAUCAAAAUGCCGAUGAACCACUGAAAGCGUAGUUAUACAUAGGAUGAUUUUGCGGAAGUUGAGGGCAAACGAGUAACAAUCGCACUCGGAAUUGCGUUGUGUGUUCCAUAUCUUAUUAAUCAAUUCGUAUUUCGACUGACGUUUCUCUCAGUAAAUGCAUCGAAGUGCUCAGAACAAGAUUUUGUAUAAGAUUUAAGGCAUUCACGGCGGUGACUAUGAAGAAAGCAGUCUUCUGGGAUUUGGCACCGUGUAUAUGUGGUGUUAACCGACGUU